AUGUAUCAAAGAAAGGCGAUCAACACAGCAAAAUACGGGGUUUGGCUUGAAGAUAAAUACACAUUUGCCCGCAAUCGUCGCGGCGGUCUUAAUUUAAUAUAUCAUGGAUAUUUGUACACAGCCGAGAGGAGAUACAAUGCAACCGUAAACUGGGUGUGCAAUAAGAAUAGCAAUACAUCGUUACGAUGUCCGGCUAGAUGUGUAACAGCUGGGCAAAACACAAUUAAACUUGGACUGAUCAAGCGUAACCGUUUUGAGAACUAUACGGUUAUAGACAAUUAUCGCUUUGUUAAAAGCUCCAAAUCAGCAAGCGCAUUCUACCUAAAAUGUGCCAACUUUCGGAAAUCCUGUCGAGCCCGUGCCGUCAUACGUAGGGAUACGUUAAAGGUCCAAUUGAAAGAUGCCAAUCACAACCAUCCGCGACAUGUGCAGGCGAUCGAACCCAACGUCAUCCGGUGCCCGCCCGUUACAUAGUGUCUAGACGUGGGACGCAAUUGGUGCUCUUCAGACACAACACAUAUACCCCGAACUCAAAACUUAAACCUGAAUCAAGAAAGCGAGAC